GCCUCUCCCCAUACGCCAUGAAUUGGUCCGCUUAGCACUCGAUGGGUAAGUUUGCCACUGGUUGGAUAUUAAACUGGGAGCAUCUGUGCUUUUUUUAGUCUUUUUUCCUUUUACCAUGAUUUAUGGAUCACUUUGGCGGCUCUGUCUCUCACACAAAUCUGGUUUUUUUCUUCUUUUUUGCAGUUUAUUCAAAAGUCCUGUGAGUGGCGCAACAAAGGAAAAGCAUGUUCUUCAAAUAGGUUGCGGUGAUGGCAGUUGGUGCGUGGAUAUGGCAUUGAUGUACCCGGAAUGGUCCGUCCUCGGUAUUGAUGACACGGGUCCUGCUCCGAUCCAGGGAAAACGAACGCCGCGCAACUUUUCCUACGUACGAUACGCUUCGCUUCUAAAAGGCUUGAAAACCUUGUCCGAUCAACAGUUUGAUUUUGUUUACGGUCGCUUUCUGGGUUUCUAUAACAAGCCUGCUUAUUAUGAAAAGCUCAUCAAAGAAUGUUGGCGCGUAUGCAAACCCGGUGGCUAUGUAGAAAUGGUCGAAUUGGAUAUGCAUAUCUACGGCAACCCUGCGCUUGGGCCCAUGACCCACAGUUUGAACGGCAAAGGUAUAUUUUCCUCAAAGGUAUAUGUGGUUUUGUCGAAUAGCGUGCUGAUGCGUACUUUUUUCUCUGUGUGCAUAGUGGUCAGGAAAAUGAAAUCGCGAUCCAUCGAUCCUCAAGUGGCAACCCAUCUUCAAGACUUUUUCUUUAAUGAGCUACUAGGGCAACCACGUAUUCGGGGCGACGGAUACAGUACCCAUUACAUAUCUUUGCCUCUCGGUGUUUGGGGCGGUCGACUUGGAGUGAUGUUCAGGGAUGAUCUACACGAUAUCAUCGAAUACUGGGAAGAAGAAGAUGAUGCAAUACGAACGAAUCAAGAGCUGGAUAGUGCACUUGACACUCUCGACGUUGAACUGGAACGGGAAAAAGCCUUUAUGAAUCUCCAUUAUGUGUAUGCACAAAAACUGUAAUAUCUAAUCUUAUUCUAUUAUUUUUAUAAUCGAUUGUGAAUCGAAAACCCCCUUCCCCCAAAAAAAGAACCAUUGAA